CGCAUUGAAAUACUCGGUACGCUACUCAUUCCGCUUCAGUCCGAGCUCACAGGUGCCUCAUUACCGACAUCAGAGUAGAGCUGCGACGAACUACAAACUGUGAACUACUGGCACACCAUAUUUCAACGCGAUAUUUAAGUUAAAAUUUAUUAAAACAACGCGAUUUCAUCAAUUCAUCUCAUUUAUCAAUCAUGAGGGAAUGUAUUUCUGUGCAUAUUGGUCAGGCUGGUGUUCAAAUUGGCAAUGCAUGCUGGGAAUUAUACUGCCUUGAACAUGGCAUUCAACCUGAUGGUCAAAUGCCCUCCGAUAAAACCAUCGGAGGCGGCGAUGACAGCUUCAAUACGUUUUUCAGUGAAACCGGCACAGGAAAACACGUCCCAAGGGCGGUUUUCGUUGAUUUGGAACCUACAGUCGUAGACGAGGUAAGGACUGGUACUUACCGUCAAUUAUUCCACCCGGAGCAAUUGAUCACUGGCAAAGAAGAUGCGGCCAACAAUUACGCUCGAGGUCAUUACACCAUUGGGAAGGAAAUUGUGGAUCUUGUCCUGGAUCGCAUCCGGAAGCUAGCGGAUCAAUGCACUGGCCUACAAGGAUUUUUGGUAUUUCAUUCGUUUGGCGGUGGUACCGGAUCAGGUUUCACAAGUCUCUUGAUGGAACGUUUGAGUGUCGAUUAUGGCAAAAAGUCCAAACUGGAAUUUUCCAUCUAUCCAGCUCCACAAGUUUCUACUUCGGUUGUCGAGCCGUAUAAUUCCGUGUUGACCACGCAUACAACGCUCGAACAUUCUGAUUGUUCUUUCAUGGUGGACAACGAAGCGAUCUAUGAUAUUUGCCGUCGUAAUUUGGACAUUGAGCGUCCUACUUAUACCAACCUGAAUCGUCUAAUUGGACAGAUUGUUUCAUCAAUUACUGCUUCUUUGCGUUUUGACGGAGCUCUCAAUGUGGAUCUAACUGAAUUCCAAACCAAUUUGGUGCCAUAUCCACGUAUUCAUUUUCCUUUGGCUACGUAUGCUCCGGUGAUUUCUGCCGAGAAAGCUUAUCAUGAACAAUUGAGUGUUUCGGAGAUUACCAACGCUUGUUUUGAACCAGCUAACCAGAUGGUUAAGUGUGAUCCACGUCUUGGGAAAUAUAUGGCAUGUUGUAUGUUAUACAGGGGUGAUGUGGUUCCGAAAGAUGUCAACGCUGCCAUUGCCGCCAUUAAAACAAAGCGCUCUAUUCAAUUCGUCGAUUGGUGUCCCACAGGAUUCAAAGUUGGUAUUAACUAUCAACCACCAACGGUUGUUCCAGGUGGAGAUCUUGCUAAAGUCCAACGUGCUGUUUGUAUGUUGUCCAAUACCACAGCCAUAGCUGAUGCCUGGGCAAGGUUGGAUCAUAAAUUUGAUCUUAUGUACGCCAAACGUGCAUUUGUCCAUUGGUAUGUUGGUGAAGGAAUGGAAGAAGGUGAAUUCUCAGAAGCCCGCGAAGAUUUAGCCGCAUUAGAGAAGGAUUAUGAAGAAGUCGCUGCUGAUUCUCUGGAAGGUGAAGGAGAUGAAGGAGACGAGUAUUAAUUUCCCACUAAAAACUCUUCACUUCUUCACUGAUUUGAAUACAAUCAGCACGCACAAAUGAAUACUCGUAGAGAACGGCGACAUAUUAAAACUUUUAUAGAUGCUAAACGUUGACUUUAAUUAUUAUGGUUGUAUUUGAAAGUGCACUUACCUUUGCUUGUAACCCAUGACUAUUUAUACAUCAUAAAUAUACAUAUUAUAGAAAUAUUAAAA